AUGAAUGAAACAGAAUUAAGGAACUUUGUUUCCGAGAACCUCAAGAACGGCAAAUGGCAACUGGUUUUCUUGUUUCUGGCUGGACUAAUGGAGGAUAAAGUUCACCUACCGAGCGCAAUUAUCACUGACCUUCUUCCUGUGAAAACUGAAGAGGAAAAAACUGCAGGAUUUAACGAACAGUGGACAGAGAAUGAAGAGCCAAGGAAAACAACAUCCUGUGGGGGGUGGACACUGUUUCGGAGAAGACUGCACGCACCUGGGCUGACUCAGUACAAACAUGGCUUUGGUGACCUAAUUGGAAAUGCAACUGUUCCUAAGGAUUCUUUAGGUCCCCAUAAGGGCUGCUCGUUUGGCGCGUGGGACGAAGAUCCUUCAGGUAUUUGCUCUGCAAAGAUAGGGGGAGGCUGGUGGUACAGUGCUCAGACAGAAUGUGAUGUUUGUUCAAAUCUCAGUGGUGUCUUUCCGAACUGUGAAAACCCUCAACCCUUAGGUAUGAAAAACUGGGAAUAUUUAGAUUUUACCAGCCCUACAAACAGCAAUCCCACAUCUUCUUAAAUGAAAAUCAAACCAAUGGAGAAGUGAGCAUGGAGGAUAUGAGUAAAAAGGAAAAUUCAUUAAACCCACAAAAGCGUAAAAGUUAAUGGGAUUCAAUGUUUAUGUUGUACAGUCCAAAUUUUCCUAUUGCGUUUGC